CUCGGCCGGCCCAAGAUGGCGGUGCAGGAGUCGGCGGCCCAGCUGUCCAUGACCCUGAAGGUGCAGGAGUACCCAACCCUCAAGGUGCCCUAUGAGACACUGAAUAAACGCUUCCGAGCUGCUCAGAAAAACAUUGAUCGGGAGACCAGCCACGUCACCAUGGUGGUAGCUGAGCUUGAGAAGACCUUGAGUAGCUGCCCAGCUGUGGACUCUGUGGUCAGCCUACUGGAUGGAGUGGUGGAGAAGCUGAGUGUCCUCAAGAGGAAGGCAGUAGAGUCCAUCCAGGCCGAGGAUGAGAGCGCCAAGCUCUGCAAACGCAGGAUCGAGCACCUCAAGGAGCACAGCAGUGACCAGCCAGCGGCGGCCAGCAUGUGGAAGCGGAAGCGCAUGGACCGAAUGAUGGUGGAGCACCUGCUCCGCUGUGGCUACUACAACACCGCUGUGAAGCUGGCUCGCCAGAGUGGCAUUGAGGACCUUGUGAAUAUCGAGAUGUUCCUGACAGCCAAAGAAGUGGAGGAGUCCUUGGAGAGGCGUGAGACAGCCACCUGCCUUGCCUGGUGCCAUGAUAACAAGUCCCGACUCCGGAAGAUGAAGAGCUGCUUAGAGUUCAGCCUCAGGAUUCAGGAGUUCAUCGAACUUGUCCGGCAGAACAAGCGCCUGGAUGCUGUGAGACAUGCGAGAAAGCACUUCAGCCAGGCUGAAGGGGGCCAGCUGGAUGAGGUCCGCCAGGUCAUGGGCAUGCUGGCCUUCCCCCCAGACACGCACAUCUCUCCAUACAAGGACCUCCUGGACCCAGCCCGGUGGCGAAUGCUGAUCCAGCAGUUUCGAUAUGACAACUACCGGCUGCACCAGCUGGGAAACAGCUCCGUCUUCACCCUCACCCUGCAGGCUGGGCUCUCAGCAAUAAAGACACCACAGUGCUACAAGGAGGAUGGCAGCUCCAAGAGCCCCGACUGCCCUGUGUGCAGCCGCUCUCUGAACAAACUGGCACAGCCCCUACCCAUGGCUCACUGUGCCAACUCCCGCCUGGUCUGCAAGAUCUCUGGUGACGUGAUGAACGAGAACAACCCACCCAUGAUGCUGCCUAAUGGCUAUGUCUAUGGCUACAAUUCUCUGCUUUCUAUUCGUCAAGAUGAUAAAGUUGUUUGCCCAAGAACCAAAGAAGUCUUCCACUUCUCCCAAGCUGAAAAGUGUACAUCAUGUAGGCCUGCGUUGCCAUGUGCACCCUGGCCAGAGGCUGUGGUGGGUGGGAGCCAUGCCCUCCUGCCCUGACCCUUGACC